GGAAAGACGGGGAGAAAUUUAAGCUCGUCCAUUACCUUUUCUUUUCCUCACACAUCCCAACAAAUAAAUUCGUUGAUGUGUUCUAAUGCACGAGUAGGAUCGUUGUUCUAACAUCCUCUCUGUUUUCCUGGAGGUGGUGGGUUUCCUGGGAGCCAGGAAACCUUGCCUCCAUUUUGGGUGGGCACCAAAAGAAUCUUCGAGUCCCAAGGACUUCGUCUCUGGAACUGGAGGAAUGAAGCUGAAUGUGCUUCUGUUUAUCGUGCUUCUCCAUGGAGCUGCAGCAGCUGUGGUUUCUCCCACGAAAUGGCAGACCUUGAGCGGUAAUGCUCCUGCAGUCAUAGCACGCGGUGGCUUCUCCGGACUCUUCCCCGAGUCAAGCCAAUUUGCGUACCAGUUUGCACAGUCAACAAGCUUGAAGAACGUCGUUUUGUACUGUGAUCUCCAAUUAACCAAAGAUGGGGCUGGCAUCUGCCACUCGGAUCUGAGACUCGAUAAUUCCACAACCAUCUCAGCUGUCUUCCCAAAAGGAAGAACUACUUAUUCUGUGAAUGGGCGGCCUGUUCAAGGAUGGUUCUCAAUUGAUUUCACCUCGGAUCAACUAUAUAACAACGUCACAUUGAUCCAAAGUAUCUUUUCUCGACCAAGCGUGUUCGAUGGCAACCUGCCGGUGUCCAUGGUGGAAGAUGUAGCGGGGCUUCACCCUUACCAGCUUUGGGUAAACGUGCAGUACAACACCUUCUUCAAGGAACAUGACUUGGACGCAGUGGACUACAUUAGAUCAGUAUCAAGGGAAACGAUCAUGGAUUACAUCUCUUCUCCAGAAAUAGGGUUCCUGAAGAGUCUGAGCGGAUUGCCGGGGAGACACAAGACGAAGCUCAUCUUCCGGUUCAUGGAAGUGGAUGAUGUCGAGCCCUCCACGAAGAAAACAUACCAAGCUCUCCUAAACGAUCUUGUCACCAUCAAGUCAUUUGCCUCUGGGAUUCUUGUGCCCAAAAGCUACAUAUGGCCUGUCAACAAAGACCAGUAUCUGGAGGCUCACACUUCUUUGGUCACAGAUGCUCAUGGUGUGGGUUUGGAAGUCUACGCUUAUGACUUCGCCAAUGAUGCCCCUGCGAGCUACAACUACAGCUAUGAUCCCACCGUGGAGUACCUGCAGUUUAUUAGCAACUCCAACUUCUCUGUCGAUGGCGUGCUUACCGACUUCCCUUCCACGGCCUCAGAAGCCGUAGCUUGCUUGGCACAUAACGAGAAUAAACCUAUCCCUACCGAAGCAGGGAGACCACUAAUCAUAACACACAAUGGUGCGAGUGGAAUGUUUGCUGGAUGCACUGAUGUGGCGUAUCAACGAGCAGUGGAAGAUGGAGCUGAUGUUCUUGACUGUUCGAUUCAGAUGUCAAAGGAUGGUGUUGCCUUUUGCUUGGAUUCGGCAGAUCUUAUGGGCGACACAACCGCAGCUGCUGCGUUCAUGCCGCGAGCGGCAAUGGUUCCCGAGAUACAGCAAAACAAUGGAAUCUUCUCCUUUGAUCUCACAUGGAGCGAGAUCCAAAGCUUGAAGCCGGCAUUGACGAGCCCCAUGUCUCAGUCCGGCUUGGCAAGAAAUCCUGCAGCGAAAAGUGAGGGCAAGUUCACGACGCUGGCUGACUUCUUGCAGUUUGCGAAGAAGAGCACCGUCUCUGGAAUCUUGAUCAACAUAGAGAACGCAGCUUACCUUGCUUCGAAGAAAGGACUUGGGGUGGUAGACGCAGUCUCCACCGCGUUGAGGAAUGCCAGUUACGACAAGCAAGUGUACAUCCAGUCCGACGACACCGCGGUCCUCUCUGCAUUCAAGAAGAAUUCUGGAUACCAGCGAGUGCUCCACGUCAAGGAGACGAUAAGCGACGCUCCAAAGCCAACAGUGGAGGAGAUCAAGCAGUUCGCUGACGCGGUCAACCUUCCUAGAUCGUCCAUCGUCGCCGCCUCGGGCUUCUUCGUCUCCGCCUUCACCAACGUGGUUGACCAGAUGCACGCAGCUAACAUAUCGGUUUACGUCUCGGUGCUGAGGAACGAGUUCUUGACCAUAGCGUUUGAUUACUUCUCCGACCCGAUGGUGGAGCUUGCUACGUACGUUGCAGGUGUCGGAGUUGACGGCGUCGUGACCGAGUUCCCAGCCACGGCAGCUGCAUACCUCAAGAGCCCAUGCUCUGACUUGAAUGCCAACCUACCGUACUCGAUCUUACCAGCAGAGCCCGGUACUUUGCUGUCGCUGGCAUCACCAGACGCGGCGCCUCCGGCGGAAGCCCCUGCGCCAGUUCUCGAGGUCGCUGACGUUGUGGAUCCGCCGCUUCCCCCGGUGGCAGAUCUCGUCGAGAAGGCGCCGGUCACUUCACCGACGACUCAACAUCCUCCGAGUAGCCAGCCUGCAAAUGUUACCAAUGCUGCUCUCUGUCUCUUGAUGGCGAUGCUUAGCUUCUUUGCUCUGAGCGGUCACUGAUGCGGUGCUCUAGUCAGUAUACUGUACCUUGAGAAAGCUUGUUGACAUUGGAAAGAGUUCCAUCCUCUUUAUGUCUU